AGGCGAUCAGCGGUGCUCUGUGUCCCUCGGACACAGCGGAUCACCGAUCCACAGAAAGAGCCGAAGAUCUGUGUCCAAUCACAGCUGAUCGCAUGUAAACAGGGAAAUGCCGGUUAACUGCAUUUCUCUCCUCACGAGCUGUCACGCUGCCACAAUGCCAUGUCACCUGCCAGUGCCCAUCAGUGCCACAUUAGUACCACAUUUCAGUGCCCAUCAGUGCCACAUUAAUGCCACAUAUCAGUGCCCAUCUGAGCUGCCUUUCAGUGUCACCCAUCAGUGCUAGUCAGUGCCUCCUAUCAAUGCCAGUCAGUGCCACCUAUCAGUGCUGCCAACCAGUGCCACCUAUCAG